ACGCUAUGGCUUUCGACGCACUAGGGGUGGAGACACUCGCACGAUUCGAGAAGGACGUGAAGCGGACCGACACCGGGUUCCUGGCGAUAGCAACAGAGGUGGAGAAUGACGGAGAGAAAGCCUCGGAAACUCCAGAAACAAUCAAAGAAUUAUUGAAGGAGUUCCAAGACAUCCUUCCUGACGAUCUUCCGAACGAGCUACCGCCAUACCGAACGCAUCAACACGAGAUCGUGGAGGAACCGGGUUCGAAACCGACCUUCCGAGCACCAUAUCAGCUCAGCCCUACGGAGCUGACUGACAUGAAAAAACAGAUCGAAUAUCUUCUAGCCAAAGGACUCAUCCGGCCAUCUACUUCACCGUACGGUGCCCCAGUACUCUUCACACCGAAACCGGACGGAAGCCUGCGCAUGUGCAUCGACUACCGAGCUCUUAACAAGCAGACCAUCAAGAAUAAAUAUCCGAUACCGCGAAUCGAUGACCUGCUUGACCAGCUUCGGGGAGCUACGGUAUUUUCCAAACUGGAUCUGCGGUCCGGAUACUGGCAGAUACGGAUGGCGGACAACUCUAUCCACAAAACUGCUUUCCGAACUCGGUACGGAUCGUACGAGUAUCUGGUAAUGCCGUUCGGACUCACCAACGCACCGGCAACGUUCCAAGCCGAAAUGAACCACAUUCUACGACCACUUCUGGACGAGUGCGUGGUGGUGUACCUGGACGACAUUCUCAUCUACUCGCGCGACAUGAAGCAGCACGUCGAACACCUACGACGCGUCUUCGAAAUUCUUCGACGAGAACGAUUCUACGUCAAACUGUCCAAGAGCGAAUUCGCCCUAGAAAAGGUCCAAUUUCUAGGACACAUGGUGAGCGCUCAAGGAGUUCACGUCGACCCCAAGAAAAUCGAAGCCGUACGUACGUGGAAGACACCCGAGAACGUGAAGGAGUUGCAGCAGUUCCUAGGCUUCGCUAAUUACUACAACAGGAUCGUGCCACAGUAUGCGAAACUCGCGGCACCACUCACGAAUCUGUUGAAGAAGAACAUGCCCUACAAAUGGGAGACGAAGCACCAGGAAGCCGUGGAGCAGCUGAAACAAGCACUAACAUCCGCACCGGUGCUCAUCUUGCCAGAUCCCGAACGUGACUACGUCAUUGAAGCAGAUGCCAGUGAUCAGGCCGUGGGUGCAGUCUUGAUGCAAGACCAAGGGAAUGGACUGCAACCCAUUGCCUACCUCAGCAAGAAACUGCACGGGGCAGAACUCAACUACCCGAUACACGACAAAGAGGCUCUUGCUAUCAUCAUCGCCUUCAAAGCGUGGAGAUGCUAUCUCGAAGGACGAAGAACAACCGUCUACACCGACCACUGCAGCCUGAAAUAUUUGAAGACACAACCCAACCUUUCCAGGCGGCAGGUCCGGUGGAUCGACUUCCUCGAGACACACUUCCACUACGACAUCGUGUACAAGCCCGGCCACAAGAACAAAGCAGACGCGCUCAGCCGGCCUGCACACCGACAUCUGCUACAGUGGGACAGUGACAUCGCGUACCGGAAGGGAUCCACAAAAAUCUGGGUACCCAAUUACCCUCCUUUGCGCCAGUUACUACUCGAAGAAUACCACGACGUCCUCUACGCCGGACACUUCGGUAGCAACAAGACGCUGACCGGUAUCGCCAAACACUACUACUGGCCCCAUAUGGCAGACGACGUCCAGAAAUUCGUCACCUCGUGUGAUACAUGUCAGCGGAUGAAGAGCAGCAAGCAGAAAAAGGCGGGACUACUGCAGCCUCUUCCUGUCCCAGAACAACCAUGGCAAGUGGUUAGCCUAGACUUCAUCACCGGGUUACCACCUACCUCCAGCGGUCAUGACGCCAUCCUUGUCGUCAUUGACAAGUUCUCCAAAAUGGGACACUUCAUCCCGACACACACGACGGCACGCACCGAGGAGACAGCACAGCUCUUCGUUCGUCACAUCAUCUCACAGCAUGGCAUCCCAACUACACUCAUCUCCGACCGAGACCCCAAGUUCACUAGCAAGUUCUGGAAGGAACUUAUGUCUCUGCUCGGCACCAAACUCGCCAUGUCAUCCGCAUACCAUCCGCAGACAGACGGUCAGACCGAGCGCCUCAACCAAAUUGUUGAGCAACUCCUCCGAGCAGCCUGCAAGGACGACAUCUCCAAAUGGGACUUGCACCUACCCGUCCUGGAGUUUGCCUACAACAACGCUACACACGCCGCUACGGGACAGACGCCGUUCUUCCUCUGCUACGGACGCCACCCACUCACACCACAGAAACCGACAACACCAGCAACAGUCCAACCUGCACACGACUUCAUCACAACCAUGCAUCAGCUUUGGGAUCGGACCCAUAAGCGCCUCCUUGACAUUCAACAGCAACAGAAGCGCCAGACCGAUCGCCAUCGCAACGACCACACCAUUUCCGUGGGAGACCAGGUUCUCCUUGACACCCGCAACCUGGACAUCAGCCAUCUCCCAUCUAAACUUCGACCUCGCUUCUGCGGGCCUUUUCUCGUUGAAGCACAGGUCACUCCUGUUACCUUCCGCUUACGCCUACCAGCUACCUGGAAGAUUCACAACGCCUUCCAUGUCCAACUUCUGAAGCCCUAUCGAGAUCCUAAUACGAUCUUCGUCGGACGCCAACCGCCGCCGCCGCCACCCGUCCUCGUCCAAAAUGAACCCGAGUACGAGGUCGAGUCCGUGCUUGCACACCGCCGUCGUCGGAAUGGCACCGUGGAGCUUCUUAUUCGUUGGAAGGGCUAUGAUCCUUCUGAGGACAGCUGGGUCUCUGAGACCGACAUGGGUAACGCCCGUCGUCCUCUGCAUGACUACCUUAACAUGCGAUGCUUCGCAAGAGAAAGAUGGUGCAAGCGAGCAAGAGAGAGAAAGAGAGAGAGAGAGAGAGAGAGAGAGAGAGAGAGAGAGAGAGAGAGAGAGAGAGAGAGAGAGAGAGAGAGAGAGAGAGAGAGAGAGAGAGAAAGUGAGAGAGAGAAAGAGAGAGAGAGGGAGAGAGAGAGAGAGAGAGAGAGAGAGAGAGAGAGAGAGAGAGAGAGAGAGAGAGAGAGAGAGAGAGAGAGAGAAAGUGGGAGAGAGGGCAAGAAAGAGAGAGAAAGAGAGAUAGAGGGAGAGAGAAGAGAGCGAGAGGGAGAGUGAGAGAGAGAGAGAGUGAGGGAGAGAGAG